AUGCGAGGUUUUCUAUGGAAUCAAGGAGAAUUGAAGCAAGCUGGUAAGGAGUCGUUGUGGGUUCGGUGGAUUCAUAGUUAUAAAUUGAAAGCACAAAGUUUCUGGGAAGUUCCUUGCCGUGAUAAUAUAUCCUGGUCUUGGAGAAAGUUAUUACAAGCUAGUCAAUUGGUUUGCUCUCAGUUUUGGUUUCGUAUCGGCAAUGGUAAGUUGAUUCAAGCAUGGCAUGAUAAUUGGGCUAUGGGAUGCCCUCUCGGUUCGUUUGUUUCUCCUAGAGACAUUACGCGUGCUGGUUUUUCAUUGAAUGCUAAGUUGGCCGAUGUUUGUCAUAACUUGAGGUGGAAUUGGUCGGUUGAGUGGUCAACUAAAUUCUUGUUUCCAUCUCCCACUGUAUUUGAUGAUUCAAGCCCGGAUAUUCUCUUAUGGAAAUAUCGUGAUGGAUCUUUGAAAGAUUUUUCGGUUAGAGUUGUUUGGGAUGAUCUCAGACAGCGUAGUAGUUCGGUAGAUUGGUUUGAUUUGGUGUGGUUCUCACAUAGGAUCCUAAAGCAUGCUUUUCAUCUUUGGCUGGUUUGCAAUCAGAAACUUAAAACUCAAGAUCGUCUAAGAAGUUGGGAUGUUCAUGCUUCUUCUUUGGUGCUUCAAGUGUGUCCAUUUCGUGAAACUGAGCCAGACUCAUACAAACAUCUAUUUUUUCAAUGGAGGCAAAAAUUCAUUAUACUUCAUCAGAUUGGAAUACUAUUUUGGGAGCUUUCCGUAGGUGUGGAAAACGCAGGUCAUUCGCAAGCAUUGUGUCUCGUCUUAUUCUAG